CCGGAGGGGUUGGCGAGUUUUUAUAUUCACAAGGAUACGGCAAAAAUAGUCGAACUUUAGUCAUUAGUAUUGCUAUAUUGCAAGGAUUAUUAUUUAGUUUAGAUGGUUUUGUAACGGCUUUAUUAAAAUCGCCUUUUAAUCAAAUGUGUUAUGCUAUUAACAAGUCAGAAGGGAUACCAUAUAAAAAGAAAAGGAACAUAAUAACAUUGGCUACUAGAUCCAACGAGCACUGUAAGGAAACGCUUAAAAAAAUGGGUAUGUUGACUAUUGUGAAUGAGAUGAUAAGAAUUUUUAUUAUGGGAAAAGGUAUUAUUGAUAAAGAUUUAGAACCUUAUGAAUUACAUAUCGGUGGAGCCCGAACGGCACUUUUUAAUUAUCUUUUUGCCAAACAAAACGACGGUCAAUUUAUUCUUCGCGUUGAGGAUACUGACUUACAAAGAAAUAAGGAAAUAUUUGUUAAUAAUUUAUAUGAGGAUUUACUAUGGUUGGGAUUAAAGCCUGAUGAAUCAAUUUUUCAAAUCGGCGAAUAUGGUCCUUAUCGGCAAACGCAAAGAUUAGAU